UGACUUGCUUGAUGACAGCUGAUCAGCGCAGUUACGAGUAACUCACUGGAAGCUCAGCAUGGCUACCGAAGUGGGCCAAAACACGGUCACAGAGGCUUUGAAAGAACUGGUCGGAUUCGGUAGAGCAUCUUUGGAGAAUGUAGAAAAGGACAUCGCCAGAGGUGGUUCUUUGCGAGACAUCGUGGAGACAAAAGUUCGUCCUUUAUUUGGUCUGAUGUCAGCAGGUGCCAAGUUCUUCAACACCCUGGGAGUGAAAAACCAAAAGGAAGCAGAAUAUUUGUGGGAACAGUUUUUUCAAAACACUGAUGUUCGAGAUAAUGUUGAAGGCUUACUACAACUGGAAGUGGAGUGGGAUUGUUUUUUGAAGCGUCUGGACGUUCAGAUGAAAAUGAGCGACACGGUUCUUUCCCAGUGUCCUGCAGCCCAGACGCUCAGCUCAGAUACGCAGCUUAUACACGUCCAGACUAAAGAGAACGUGUCUCUGGGUCAGUACUUUGGGAAGGGAGAGAAUCUCCUCCUUGUGUUGCUCCGCCAUUUUGGAUGACAGCCAUGACGAGACCACCUGACUGAGCUGAAGAACAGCCAGAAGCUUCAGGGAGCGCAGUCCUUGCGGGUGCUGGUGGUCUCGUACGGCUCUCUUGAAGGGGCCGCGUUCUGGCUCGAUCAGACAGGCUAUGAGUUUGACAUGCUGUUGGAUGCAGAGAGAGCGGUGUAUCGAGCGUUUGGUCUGGGCUCAUCGAUCAGCAAGGUGAUGAAGUUUAAGUUAAUGCUGCACUACUCUGAAAUACUGACGAUGAACCAACGGCUCCCCGAUGUGCCACCUCAGUUCAUCGAUGACCUCUUUCAGAUGGGUGGUGAUUUUGUGCUGGACUCGGGUGGUAAAGUGAUAUUUUCCUACCGGUGUAAAAGCCCUGUGGACAGACCAUCAGUUACUCAGAUUCUGGCUGCCAUCUCUGCUCAUUCGUAGCAUUCCUGGAGAAUAAAGGUUGGCUCCUCAGAUAGACAGCUCCCCCAGAGGUUGUAUGAAUGAAGAUCUGACUCAAAGUCAUACGCUUAUGAAGAGUCAUUUCUGAUGGGCAUUUACACCCUCUGGUCAUCACAGCUUCACAUCUGUUGAGUUACACCAGCCCAGACCCGUCUAUAUCGCACAUCAGUGUCUCGAUUAAAUGAAGUGAGAUUAUUAACUUAAUUGUUUGCAGAUACAUUUUGCAAUUAUUCAAGACACACGAAAUGUGUGUCAAGCCGUUUAACCAUUGUUUACUGUGAAUGAUUAUUGAAAUCAACACCGAAUAAAGAGCUGGAUGUUGGUCAGAA